AUGAAGUACAUCCACUCUGAGGAAGAGCUCGAGAUCCCCGAGGGCGUCAAGGUCCAGAUCAAGAACAGAAAUGUUCUCGUUGAGGGCCCUCGCGGCAAGCUCACAAAGUCUCUCGGUCACUUGGCGGUCAGCUUCACGCACCCCAAGAAGAACCUCAUCAAGAUCGAGCUCCACCACGGUUCCCGCAAGAGCGUCGCCACCCUCCGCACUGUCCGCACCCUGAUUAACAACUUAAUCAUCGGUGUCACCAAGGGUUACAAGUACAAGAUGCGUUACGUAUAUGCCCAUUUCCCCAUCAACGUCAACCUGGACAAGAACAAGGAGACCGACUGCUGGGAGGUUGAGAUCAGGAACUUCAUCGGCGAGAAGCUCGUACGAAGGGUCGUCAUGAGGCCCGGUGUUGAGGUUGAGGCAUCAAAGAACCAGAAGGAUCAGCUCGAGCUGUCCGGAAACUCGCUCGAGGACGUCUCCCAAGGUGCCGCCGAUAUCCAGCAAAUCUGCAAGGUCCGCAACAAGGAUAUCCGAAAGUUCUUGGACGGUCUGUACGUGUCGGAGCGCGGCAACAUCGUUGAGGACGCGUAA